AUGAGAACAGAACAAUCAAUUCCUGUAGCCUUGUAUAAACAGACCGACCUUGAGAAGAAUGAGCAUCUUAUCCGGUUAAAUGCUGCAAUUGAUGUAUGCAGAUACUUGUUGCAUCAAGGACAACCUUUUCGUGGCCAUGAUGAGUCAAAAGAGUCUACAAAUAAAGGUAACUACAGGGAGUUGAUGGAUUAUACAAUUAUGCACAAUGAUGUUAUAGCCAAAGCAUUCAAAAAUGCUCCACUUAAUAAUCAGUUACUGUCUUCAACAAUUCAGAAGGAUAUUACUGAGUGCUUUGCAGAAGAAGUAUUGAGUUGUAUUUUGAAGGAGCUUGACAAUGGCGUGUUCAGCUUAUUAGUUGAUGAAUGUCGUGAUGUUUCCGACAAAGAGCAAAUGGCAGUGGUUCUACGCUAUGUAGAUACAUGUGGGCUAUCAAAUGAGAGGUUUGUUGGUGUUCUUCAUGUGGAGGAAACAACAUCUGCUUAUCUCAAGUCUAAAAUUGAUUUUAUAAUUGCAAAGCUUGGCUUGAGUCUACAACAAGUGAGAGGACAAGGUUAUGAUGGGGCCAGUAAUAUGGCAGGUGAGUUUAAUGGUUUGCAAACCAAGAUUAUGAGGGAGAACAGCUCAGCUUAUUACGUACAUUGUUUUGCUCAUAAACUUAACUUGGUUGUUGUGGCCAUUGCAAAAAAGAUAUUUGAUGUUGGAGAUUUCUUUGAUAUGAUAUCAUUAUUGGUGAAUGUCGUUGGAUCAUCUUGCAAGAGAAAGGAUAAACUUCGAGAGAACCAUCGAGAAGAAGUGAGGAAAGCAAUUGGUAAGGGAGAGAUUGCUACAGGGUCCGGAUUAAACCAGGAGCUUUCUCUUCAAAGACCAGGAGAUACAAGAUGGAAUUCUCACUAUACCACUUUGUCAAGUUUGUCGAAGAUGUUUACCUCGGUGAUAAAAGUUCUAGAGUAUGUGGAGGAAGAGGGCUCAGAUGCUACUAAGCAACGUCAAGCCAGUGGUCUUCUAAAAUAUUAACGGUCAUUUGAUUCUGCAUUCUUUCUACACAUGAUGAUGAUUAUAUUAGCUUUAACAAAUGGGCUGUCAAAAACAUUUCAGAGAAAGGAUAUGGACAUUGUAAAUGCUAUAUCAGAUGUGGAAUCUGUUAAGCGAGAGCUAGAUAAGCUUAGAUCUCAACAUGGAUGGAAUUCUCUCCUGAGCAAGGUAUGUUCUUUUUGCGACAAGAAUGAUAUCUCAGUUGUGGACAUGGAAAAGGAGUACGUAAAUCCAAAGAAGCCAAGGCAGAGGACUGGCAUUAAUAAUGAGCAUCAUUAUAGAGUUGAUUGUUUUUUUGCUGUCUUGGAUUUAUUGGCAGAAGAACUAAAUCGCAGAUUCAAUGAGGUAAACAAUGAGUUGCUUUGUUGUAUGUCUGCUUUCAACCCAAGCGGUCAGUUUAGUCACUAUGAUCAUGAGAAGUUGUUGAAGUUGGCUAAGUUUUAUCCUAAUGACUUUAGUGAUACUGAGUUGGAGCAUCUUGAGAAGGAGCUUUGCCUGUACAUAGAUAAUGUACGCAAUGAUACAAGAUUUGCUAGCUUGGAAACUAUCAAUGAUCUGGCUAAACUGAUGGUAUCUACGAAGAAGCACUUUUCUUAUCCUCUUGUCUAUCGACUUUUGAAAUUAGUACUGACUCUUCCUGUUGCCACUGCAACCGUUGAGAGAUGCUUCUCCGCAAUGAAGCUUGUGAAGAAUGCUUUACGUAACAAGAUGGGUGAUGAUUAUUUGAGCAAUAGCCUUAUUUGCUUCGUAGAAAAGGAAAUGCUAGAUAAUAUUAUUAAUGAGGUGAUAGUUAAACGCUUUCAUGCGAAAAGCCGACGUGGGAUGAAACGGAAGGAGGUAAUGUUCUCAAGCUUAUUUUAUUUAUUUAUCAGUAUUUACAUUCUCUCAUAUUUAAAGAUGUUUCUUUUUCAUGCAGCUUGAAGCUUAGAAAUUUGGGGCGUAUGAAUAAAAAGGAACGACAUAUUGAUUUCUCAAGUUUUUGUGCCUUAAGUGGUUAGUUUACAUUUACUUUGGGAAUGAACUUUUCAUAAGUAUAUUCAUGAAAUAUAUGACUUUGCUUCUUACACACUAUAUAUGUGCUUGUGUGGUUGGGAUUUUAA